AUGAAGUCCGGAUUCUUUGCCUUUGUCCUCGCCACUGUGGCUCCCCUUGCCAUGGCUGCUCCUUUCCAUCCCCACGGCCCUCCUGGAGGUUUCUUCCCUCCCCCUCCUAUGAACGGCACUCUUCCCGGAGCUGGACCUGGCGGACCCGGCGGGCCUGGUGGUCCUGGAGGUUGGUUGCCAGUUCCUCCUCCUAUGCCUCCUAGCCCCCCUGUUGGCGGUCAACCUGGCAGUGGAUUGCCUGUUCCUCCCGUUGUUCCCACUCCUCCUGUGGUCCCUACCCCCGUCCCUGGAGCCCCCGUCUUCACUCCUCCUGCUGCUCCUGUUGCACCUCCUCCCGUUGCCCCUGAGGAGCCCGUCGUGGUCCCUACUCCCACUCCCUUUGCUCGCAACUAG